AUGGCCGGCCGCUACGGCAACCUCCCGCCGCCGACGCGCGACUCCCUCGAGCUCGCGUCGCUGGCCUCUUCGUCGCACCCGUCGCGGCGCACCUCGCAAGACUCGUCGGCUUCGGGCGCGCCCUCGUCGCGCAGGCUGUCGCUGGACGACGAGGACCCGCUGUUCGAGGCGGGCGAGGGCGAGGGCGAGCGCAGCCGCCCGCGGCACAACCGCUCCUACAGCGUGUCGUCGGCCUUUGACUUUGCGCCCAGCCUGUUCCCGCUCUCGAGCUCCGCGCAGGGCUACACGGCGCUGGGCGCCCCCGCGAACCCGGCCCUCGACCCGACCAGCGCGCUCCACGGCGGCGCGCUGGAGAAGAACAAGAGCCUGACGUACCUCAACGGCCUGUCGCUGGUCGUCGGCCUGAUCAUCGGGAGCGGCAUCUUCUCGUCGCCCGCCCAGGUGAACAAGAACGCCGGCUCGCCGGGCGCCGCGCUGCUCGUCUGGGCCGUCGCCGGCGUGCUGGCCUGGACCGGCGCGGCCAGCUACGCAGAGCUCGGCGGCGCCAUCCCGCUGAACGGCGGCGCCCAGGUCUACCUCGCCACCAUCUUUGGCGAGUGGGCCGGCUUCCUGUUCACCUGGUGCGCCGUCACCGUCCUCAAGCCCGGCUCCGCCGCCAUCAUCUCCAUCAUCUUCGGCGAGUACCUCGUGCGCGCCGCCACUGGGCCCGACGGCGUCGAGGCCAGCGUCUGGCUGCACAAGGGCGUCGCCCUGGCCGGCCUCGUCGCCGUCACCGCCCUCAACUGCGUCUCCACCAAGCUCGGCACCCGCAGCGCCGACGUCUUCAUGUUCCUCAAGUUCCUCGCCCUGCUGACCAUCUUCGUCGUCGGCAUCGUCGUCGCCGCCACGGGGCUCGCCUACCGCGGCGACGCAAACACCGACUGGAAGCACAUGGGCUGGUUCGACGGCACCUCGCACAGCAUUAGUAGUUGGGCCGUUGCGCUGUACGCCGGCCUGUGGGCGUUUGACGGCUGGGAUAACGUCAACUACGUAACCGCCGAGUUCAAGAACCCCGCCCGCGACCUGCCCCGCGUCAUCCACACGUCGCUGCCCCUCGUCAUCCUGUGCUACAUCCUCGCCAACAUAUCCUACUUCCUCGUCUUGCCCACCCACGUCAUCGAGUCCUCCAACACCGUCGCCGUCGCCUUUGGCAGCCAGGUCUUCGGCCCCGUCGGCGCCCUGGUCCUCGCGCUCUUCGUCUCGGGCUCGUGCUUUGGCGCCCUGAACGCCACCACCUUCACCUCUGGCCGCCUCGUCUACGCGGCCGGCAAGGAAGGCUACAUGCCCAGCAUCUUCGGCACCAUUGGCCUGGGCAAAGCACACCGCGCCAUCCGCCUCAGCCCAAACACCGCCAACGCCAACGUGUCGGGGAAAAUGGCCGCCUGGUUCGCAGACCCGGACGCAGGCUUCUUCUUCACCCCCAUCAGCGCCAUGCUGCUCAACGCCGCCAUAACCGCCGUCUACAUCCUGACCGGCAGCUUCGACUCGCUCGUCACCUUUUACGGCGUCGCCGGCUACACCUUUUACUUCCAGACCGUCCUGGGGCUCAUUGUCCUCCGCGUCCGCGAGCCCCAGCUCGACCGCCCGUACAAGACGUGGAUCACCACCCCCAUCAUCUUCUGCUGCGUCAGUCUGUUUCUGCUCAGCAGGGCCGUCUUCGCCGAGCCCGUCCAGACCCUGCUCGUCGUGGCCUUCAUGGCCGUCGGCCUGCUGGUGUGGUUUGCCUGGGUCGGCCGCCGUCGUGCAAAGUCUCAGCAGCGCUUCGGGGAGAGGGAUUCGGCCGAGAAGCGCGCGCGCUGGCGCUUCUGGACGCGCUGGACGGCAUGA